CUAGCCCGCCUGCCUCGCCCGGGAGAGCCAUGGUCCUGCCGCGCCGCGUGGCGCUGCCGGUGUUGUUCGCGCUGGCGGCUGUGGGGUGCCCGCGGGUCGCCUGGUCGCUGGUGUGGUACUCGGCUUGGGUGAGCACGGUGUACACGGAGCCCGGCACCAACCGCACGGUGCGGAGCAGCUCCGAGAGCGGCCACUACGGAGACGGCUCGCCCAAGGCGAGCGCGCAAGGCCUAGUGGGCAUCCCUCGGGGCGUGACCGACCGUCACAUGGAAGGCUGCGACCCGGACGCCGGGUAUGACAUCCCCAGGCCGCCGGGGCCCGCGGGAGAAAGAGCGGCGGGGGUGCCGGCGCCGCCACCUCCGUCCUGGAUUGCCUUGGUAGCCCACGGGGGCUGCAACGUGAAGGACAAAAUCACCAACGCGGCGAGGAAGAGGGCGGCUGCCGUCGUGGUCUAUAACGAGCCCCGGUUCGGCAACUCCACCCUCACGAUGUCGUACCUCGGUACUGGCAAUACAGUUGUCAUUAUGGUUGGGUAUCCAAAAGGAAUGGAAAUCUUGGAGCCGGUGCGAAGAGGGAUUCCAGUGAAAAUGACUAUUGGUUUUGGUAAACAAUAUGUACAAGAAUAUAUCAAAGGACAGUCAGUUGUGUUUGUAGCGAUUGCAUUUAUCACCAUGAUGAUUAUAUCUUUAGCAUGGCUUAUAUUUUUUUAUAUACAACGUUUUCUCUAUACUGGAUCACAGUUUAGAAACCAGGGCCACAGAGAAGAAACCAUGAAAGCAAUUAGCCAGUUGCCAGUGCAUAUUGUAAAGUAUGAAGAUAAGGGUUUGGAUGUCGAUGCAGAGAAUUGUGCUAUUUGCAUUGAAAACUAUAAACCAAAAGAUACGGUUCGAAUCCUGCCUUGCAAACAUGUCUUCCAUAGGCAUUGCGUUGAUCCGUGGCUGCUGGAACACAGAACAUGUCCAAUGUGUAAACUAGAUGUCAUCAAAGCUCUGGGAUAUUGGGGAGAACCUAAAGAUGUACUUGAAGUUGCAGUGCCUGAAUCAAUAAGUGGUAGCAUGUCGGCUGGGAGUUGGAGCAUUACUGUACAAGAAGAUGACAGAAAUGAAACAAGUGACUUAUCAGCAUCUUCUACUAAUGAAUCUGCAUUAAAUAGUAACAGUUUAAAACAGGAUGCAGGUGAAACAACAGCCUUGCUUGAAAUUGAUGGCAGAGAUAGUCGACAUGAAGAAUGCCUGCCUAGUGGAAACACUUAAUAAAAACCUGACAGAUUUGAACUGAGAGCUCAAGAUCCAUUUUAUUUAAGUGGUAUGGACUUGUGUCUAGCCUAAGAAAUGUAUUACUUUUCUAACAUGUUUCAAAAGGGCUAAUAACUGAGAAUUUUGUAAUACUCUUAUCCUAUAUAAAUACAGUAACUGUGUUUUUUGUCAAGGAAUGAGAGCUGCACAAAUUCACAGGAAAAAGACCCCAAAGGAAAAUAUCCAUAGGUGCUGUAGAAAGCUGACUUAUUUUGUUAAGUUUACCUGGCACAUCAUUUUCCAGCCGGCUGUUCCUUCCCCAAAACCUGUUUUGCCAGACCCUUAGUUGUGGGGACAAAAAACCAAGUGAAGGAAAGGAACCUGUUUUCAAAGAAAAAUCUCUACAGAAAAACGAACAAGUCUGAAACGUAUUUGCCAGAUUGCUGUUACAUAGGUCAAUCCUGAGAGAAGUACGAAAAACAGGUGAACAAAUAAAUGUCAGUUAUAUUACAUGUAGCAUGUAUGUAACACCGAUUUUUAUUCUUUUAAAAUAUGGUGUAUUGAGUGCAUAGCAUAGACCUGAAGAACAUCAGAGUAUUCCUGCGGUUCUGAAAGCUUUUGCCACACACUUGCUGGGGGUUGGGGGAGGACUUUUAACUUGCCUUUUUUUAAAAAAGUCAGUAACUUAUGUUGUGCUACACAAUUGUGUUUCGUGGUUGAAAUUAGCAAGCAAAGUACUACUGUCCAGGACAGUGCAAAAGAGCAAAUUUCAACUAUGAAAAGCAAUAGCAAUUGUUAUGUAUGUUGUGCAUGUAAUUUUCUGUUAACUUAGAUUAUUUCUCUGAAUUUUUCUCUAUCCUAAUUUAUUACUGGGAUGCUUGUAAAGUCAAACAUUCUUUACUGUUUCUCUUAUACAAAAGAUUGUUAGAUGUUCCCUGUUAGAAGUUUUGUCUGCGAUAGUCAUUAAUUUAUUACUGUGCUAAAUUAGCAGUAUUGUGCCUUUAUAGAAUAGUUAAAAAGCACUAAGCCUGAAGUGUUUGAUACUAAAUAGAUACCACUGCACUGUUUAAAAUGAGAUGAACUGUGUAUUAAUAGUUUUACUAAAUGCUGAAAUAACUUUUUAGGAGUCUACUACUGUUAUAAACAAAUGCUUGGAUUGCUGUCUCCCAAUUUGUAAGUAAAAUUUUACACCUU